UCUUCCUCCCUUCUUCUGAAUCAAAUCAUACCAGAAUGUUAUCUGGGUCUGCUACUGUAGAAUUCACUUGCAUACAAUAUUACAGCCAACCAGCACAACUAGACCAAUGCACUUUGCGAAAGCUCGGCACGGAACUGCACGGAAUGCAACAAUGCCUGGUGUUUAUGGAGUAUGGCGUCCAUCGACUAUCAUUCCAUGGUUUCUUUCUUACCUUUCUCUUUUUCUCUUUCCGAAUGCUCAAACCCGGGCUGCUGACAUGAACUUACCAUCCCCGGGAUUAAUGGUAAUUGUUGAUGCCUUCUCUCAUCGCCUCACAUCACAUGCUGAAUUACUUCAUGACCCAUGAACCCAUUGCAUAUCUUCAUCUGACCAUUCCCAAAUGACACAUGGACAUCAUAAUUAUUCAUUAGGUAGUGAUUCAUUCCAUCGAAA